AUGGCGACUCGCGGAGUCUUUGCCCUGGGCCUACAACGAAGAGCCUUCGCUGCUGUCGUGUGUGUCGCUUGGUUGCUGAUCAGCGACGUUGUCAUCGGUCCUGCACCAGUCCUCAGCUGCACGGAGGCUACCGAAGGAACGGACUGCGCGAGGGGGGAACAGUGCGUUUGCAGUUCCUCUGGUUUGAAUGGGGAUCCCCAUCUGGAGUUGACUGGCCCUGAUGGCCAAAGGCUCACCUGGGACUUUCACGGCAGAGGCAACCAGAGCUACUGCAUGGUAACAGAUAAGUACAUAACGCUGAACACGCACAUGUUCACCCUCCCUCCUGACGUUAGAGUUAUCAAGCAAGAGGUUUUGGACGGCGCUUCCAACUGGACAAGCUCCGACAGCCUUAUAACCAUCAGCCAGGAGGGAAACGCUACCCACAUAUUCAUGCCGGAACUCCUGACAAUGACGAUUAAGGUGGAACCAGAAAGGGAGCUUAUAACAGAGCCUCCGAUCUACUGCCUCAACUUCGAGAUCAAGACGCUCUACACCACGCCCAACGUUCAUGGCUUUCUUGGGCAAAUGCACGCGCCUGGCGCCAUUGCGGAGCGCUUGCAGGUGGGAACACUUGAGGGUCUGAUGCAUCGGGAGUACGUCGAAGGAUCAGACGACGAAUAUGCUACUUCUGAUCUAACGGCAACGGACUGCUUCUUCAACCGCUUUGCCAUGGACGGUGACCAUCUUGCGCAGCCACACGCGUCUUCCGACACAACGUCAAGCAUCAGAAACUGGAAAGUCAAUCCUGGCCGCCGGCUUCUGCAAGUGCCCGACUUCGAGUCUGCCAGCAAAUCGGACACCAACUUGCAAAGGCGCGCCAACCUGGAAACCCAAUGCGAGUGCGUCAGCAAGUCCUGCUCUAGCUCGACCACGUGUAAGGCAACCCAGGAAUGCUGUGGGGCAUUCUGCACCAGCCCUCUCACCCUGACGCUGCCCGCGUGCGGCUUUGUGGCGGUAUACCGGCAGGACUCGACGGCCCUGGCGGAUCUACUCGGUUAUGUCAGUGCAUCUUUUGACGGCGACGGACUGUACACGUUCACCCCAGCGAUGUCCGAGGCGCUAGAGAUUCGAUUCGACCCAUCGUACGAGUAUUCGGCGUUUGCGGUCAAUGGGCCUGACCCCCAGUAUCCGUACGUUGGGGCUAUUUCUUUAUUGGAUGGUUACAUUGGGCUUGAUAGUCCUAGAUUCCUGCUCCUUGGGGGACUAAUUGCCCCCCCCCCACCUUCUAGUACACCGCGCCCAGCUGAAUCAGGAGACAACUCCUUUAGCGAUCGCACCGGGCUGCCCAACUUACUCAUCGAGGAUGCGAUCUGGACCCUCGGUGGCCAGUGUAGUGCUUUAGAUCCACAGUGGGUCAACACCGACUCUUCGAAGCCUGCCACGAAUGUGCUGCUAAUAGAUACCGGCAGGGCCAUUACUUUCAGGCUUGUAGAAGACGGAGACGCUCAUAGAGAGUUCUUUGGGUUGGACACUAAUCAGGCGCAGUCGGUUAGCCUCCGUUUUUUUCCCGCUGUCGGAGGAUGCUCCUCUGCUCCGCAAAGACGCGGGCCAUGACGGGUGUCGACAUGCCAUAGAAGUGCGGGGGGAUAGUAGACUUGUACGUCGUGGUUUCGUUACAAUUAGCACCAAACCUAUGGAUGUCCGGUUGGCUAACUUAAAGUCAUGGCUGCUGGAAACCUAAGUGCGAGGCUCAGAGGAGACCUCGCAAGCAAGGAGCAAGAAUUGUAAGUUUUAGGUCCUAAUCAUUACAAGAUUCGCCGGGUUCUUGCUGAGCUUCUGGGACUAUGUACAAGGAUUCUUUCGACUCAGGUUUGAAUUCUGUGAAGCAGAUACGGUACUAGUAGCGACUUUCGUUUUUGGAGAAAUUAAAGGAGCUGGACCGGAGGGCCGGAAUCUCCGUCAAGUACUUUGGGUGCGGAGCAGAACUGCGUGCUGGCCGCCAUCUGAUUGUUGCAUUGGUUGAAUAAAGAGG